GGGUCGAUAACUUGACUGGAGGGGAUGAAAAAAAAAAAUUGUUUUCUAGUCAAUUAAGAAUUUUCAUUACUUUUUAUCGGAAAUGGUAGCCAAAUCUAGUAUUAGCACGUUGGCUUGAGGAUAAAGCCAAAGGUUUAAUCUUGUAUAUAUUUGUUUAGCUGCUGUUAUCACGUCUGACUGCAGACUCCUGCUGUCCAAACACACACCGCCUUUGUGGCGAUGACUGCGGAUUUACUAUCUGAUUUGGACAGCCGAUUCUUCGCCGAUAACCUAUUGACGAGCGAAGAUUGGGAUGCCUGCCUGUUCAAGUGCGAGAGCAUGGAGGAGGGAGAGGACGGAGACUUCAGUCAAGGGUUGAAAUACGCACCCUCGUUUGACAAUGACCUCGUGCUCACCCUCGAUCCUGACAACCGCACAUCGCCAUGGCGAUACCUUGACGACAACCUUCUCACAGGGAACACUUCAGUGAUGAAAAAUGAGAUGACAUUAACUGAGCCUUUGCCUGUGGAGAUGUUGUUCCAGGUCAAGGCUGAGCCUCCCUCUCCUGCUUCCUCGCUGGAGUCCGACUUUUCGAUCUCAUCCCCUGAUCCACAGGUUACAAUCAAAGCUGAAAACCCUCCGACUCCUCCGUACAUGUAUGGAGACGUGCUGUCGCCUCCACUGGGAACAAUGGAGGUAACCGUGGCAACGACCACUGUUCCCCCUCCCCAGUCCCAGAUUCCCACAGUGACACAGACACAGCUGCAGACACCGUUAACAUCUGUCCCAGCAGUCAUCACCGGAAUACAGACACAAGCUGCAGUCCUGCCAAGCACUGCGACAUUAAAAGCCAGCACCAUCCUGAGCACUAAACCUCCUAUCCAGCCCCGACCCGUGUGUGUUGCUACACUUCCUGUCUCCCAGAACCCCCCACCAGCAAAGACCCUCAUACUGCAGGGUCUCCCCUCAAUGGAUCAGACAAGACCUGUUGUCCUCUCUCCAUCUGUGUGCCUAAGUUCGGCUCCAGCCAUUGUAAAAAUGGAGCCUGUUUCUCCCGGCAUCUCCCAGCACUGCUCCAGCCCAACUGCCUCCUCAACCAGCAAACCCAUCGUCCCGGCGACCACGCCGUUACCCAGCAACAACCCCAACGACAUUGAUAUGAAAGUGCUUAAGCGUCAACAGAGGAUGAUAAAGAACAGAGAGUCUGCCUGCCAGUCGAGAAAGAAAAAGAAGGAAUAUCUGCAGAACCUGGAGGCUCAGCUGAGGGAAGCCCAGCAGGAGAACGAACGACUUCGCAAGGAAAACCAGGCGCUCAGGGAGCGACUGGCUGUGAAAGAGAGCAGCGACUCUGCAAGCAACAAGAGAGCUGUGUGUGUCAUGGCGGUUCUGCUGUUUAUGACCUUCAGCUUUGGCCCUGUCAGCAUCACAGACAGGAAGCUGUCGGCCGGUCUGCAGGAAGAUCUGGUGUCGUAUACGGGCCGCCGGCUGCUGGAGAUGGAACAGCAGCAGCAACACCAAGCUGUAGCUCAGCCUCUCAGGAAAGUUGAGGACAAGGUGCAGAAAAAGGAGGCCAGAGGAGAUGAGCAGUGGAAGAGAGGAGAAGCGGAAGGAUACGCUCCAGAGUCUUUUCAGUUCCGAAACCUGACUGACAUGUUCAGUGACAUGAAGGACCUGGUCCUGCCAGACAUAGAACGUUACUUCACUUCUUCAGACUGCCGACAGUUCAACCGCUCUGAGUCUCUCAGGCUCGCAGACGAGCUGAGAGGUUGGGUUCAUCGACAUCAGAUCGACCGAAAGAAGUCUGGAAGAAAACCAAAGAUAGCCAAAAAAGCUAAGAUCACCCAGAAAGCUCAGCUGAGGAAGGCAAAUAUUUCCAGAUAUCUGCCAAUCCAGACUCAUCGCUCCAUAGAAAGUCAGCUAAGGGUGCUUCCUGGUCCUGAGGUCACCUACAGCGACUUCCUGGAUGCCAUUGACCGCAGAGAAGACACCUUCUACGUCGUGUCUUUCAGGAGGGACCACUUGUUACUUCCUGCCAUCAGCCACAACAAAACCAGCCGGCCGAAAAUGUCUCUGGUGAUGCCAGCCAUGUCUGUAAACGAGAGUCUCUACAACUCGUCUCAGGGCUACGAGAUGAUGAUGCAGGUCGACUGCGAGGUCAUGGACACCCGAAUCGUCCCCAUCAAGUCCUCCGCCGUCCCUCCAUCUCUCCGUGACCCUACCCCUCCUCCUCCUUCCUCCCAGCACAGUGUCCACCAUCACCAUAGCAACAGCACCUCCCUAAGAGGGCGCCAGCAGCACCACCCGUCUUCCUCCUCUCCAAGGCAGCCUCUACCCGCCCGAACACAAACACCCGAAUACUUGAUCAGCCAAUCAGAAGGUGUCUGAAGAGACAUUGACGUGACGAUGGUGGUAGAAGCAGACGGGUCUGAUGGUUGGAGGUUGGUGACUCAGACAAAGAAUCGAAGGAAAUCUUUGAAAAUCUUGUUAGUUUGAGAAUCUUUACAAAUCUCUUCACUAAUCAGAUAAGGUUUCGGAGACGGUUAAAAUCCAACAAAACUGCUGUAAAAUCCUGUAAGUUUAUCUACUGUUUCCACAGUAACUGGUACUGACAGGACCUAUAGGAAACUAAAUAAAAUAUUGAUAUAAUAUGUAAAAAUAUAUUCCUAAAACAGCAGCACCCGUACUUAAAAAUGAGUCAAAACUGACCUGAUCUAGUUUGUUUCAGAGACAACUCCUUAAUCUUUAACUCAAAUCUUUUAUUUGAUUCUUUAUUAGAGCGUUAUCAGCAUGAACAGUGUAAUGGAGCCACACAUUUAAGAGUUCCUGUGAACUUUUUGGUUAAACCCGUCAUCACUUUCGUUCUGCAGUCAUUAAAGAAAAACAGAAGUUGUCGUGAACAGGGCAUCUCUAUGAAUGGAGGUUAUAUUUCAGGACAUAUGGAGAUUUAUUUUUAUUUUAUACUAUUAUUUUUGUCCAGCUUUGGAGCAGUCAGGGUUUAAACAUUUUUGCUUGGGAGUUUUAGGCAUGUAAAUGUAUCUAUUCAGAGUAAAAGAAGACAUUUUUAAAUACUUUGUAAUUAAUAAAACCACAUAUAUCUAGUUUUUAUUUAUCUACAAUACCAGUAACUACAAAGGCCUUAACAUUUUGUUGUAAAUACAGUGUGUUUCCAUAAGUGUGAUUAUUUGACAGCAACACCUGCAGCUGCGUGAUGGAGGAUUCUAUUGGGUUAAAAAACAGUGAGCAAGGCCAUGUUCUGUUUGUUUUUAAUGUAAAAUCAUAAACUUUUAUAAUUAUUCAUUCUUGUUUUUCCAGCAAACAGCCACUAUAUGAAUGCUGGCUCAAGUUCAAGUUGACCAAUGCUGUAGAAAUAGUGUUUUUUAGCAGAGACACUCGGUCUAGUAAAUGUAAGCAUUAUGGCACAGCAAUGUUUUGAUUUGAAGAGGCUGCAUUUUAUUUUUGCCAAUUUCUUUUUUGUCAGAAUAUUUAUUUGUAAUCGUUCUUGAAAAAAAAGACUCAUUCAAAAAAACUAGUUUUGAAACUCAAAGUCCCUCUUCGUGCAUUAGCUGUAACUUUUAUCUGUGUUUUUUUUUUUUUUUUAAGUUAUUUAAUAUCUGUAAAUAUGAGUGUAGAUAUUUUGUUUGUAUUUUGGUCACAUUUUCAAUUUUUUAUAUUUCUCUUUUCACAACAAAAAGUAAAAAGCUGAGAAAACCUGUGAAGUUUUUUUUUUCUUUUGUCAUGAAAAUUUCAUAUUUUAUAUGUACGUGUUCUGUCCAUUGGACCAACCAGCCUCUCUAUCUCUGUUAAGUGGGAACUUUUCUGGUAAUAUUACACACUUAUUCUUUAUGAAUGUACAUAGAAGUCAAAAAAUUGAGCUCUUGUUAUUUUUUAAAUUAAAAAUGACUGAGAUGAUUAGUGCCUGAAAGAAACACAAUAUUGAGCAUUUUCAACCUGGGAGAACUAUUACUCAUUAUUUCAUUUUACGCCUGUAGAGUUAAGAUCAUUAUGUUUUCCAUUGUAGCUGAGUGCAAAAUUAAUAAUAUUAGAUUAUUUAGCAUUACUCCAUAAUCUUCAUCUAUUAAAUCUGCCUACUCUGCACGAUGGAAACUGUUGGAAACCGUAAAUACUUGAUUUAAAGGGUAUCUCAGUUUGUGUAGCUUUGAUGUAAAUAUUUUUGUCGUUAUAUACGGGGGAUGGGAUUUAAAAGCUGCAAGAAAAGUUUUGAAAUGAAUCUUCCCAGGAACAUAUUAUUGGAAUUCAGUUCUUUUUUUUUUUCAGACAUCAAAAUUUGAGAGGAAAGGGGUUCAUUUACUGAAAAGUGGAUUUUCUAUUUUUAUUUUUUUGUUAUAUUUCAUACAGCAUGUGGAAACUGAAACAAUUCAGGUAAAGUUAUAUAAUGAUCCUGCAUUAUUGUUGACACAGUCACAUUACUUUUCAUUUUUAACUGUUUCUGAUGCCUUUAGUUUGCUGCUGGGUUAUUGGUAAACACGAUCAUGAAAAGUUCAGACCUUACAUAUGGUCAAAAUGUUUGGUAGAAAAAGUUAUAAAUCAGUUUUUUUUAUAUAAAUACCGACUAACCUCACAUUUUGUAUUGAGGUUGGGCAAGAGGAAAAUGAGCUGAUAUGAAGUAGGGAAGGCCUUUUUUAUUUCUAAUGGGGUGGUGGAUAUUUAAGGGGGGAAGGGAUAAAAAAAUCUGGAUUUGAAAAGGUUUCUAUGAAGUUUUUGGAAAAAUUACGUCAAUAAAAAUUGUUUGUUGUUCA